AUAUAUAGUAUUUUUAUAAAAAAAUAUAGAUAGUUUUACUUUUUUUUUCAAAAUAAAAUUCAUAGGCAAAUGGCUCUCACAAGCCACUGGGCCUUUAGCCCACUGUUUAUCUUAACGGGUUAAAUCUUGGACCGGACCCGGAUCCCUAUGAGUGCAUUUUCGUUAUAACAGUCAAAGAACUUCGGAGUAUUAAUAGUCCGAUUAAAACCCCGCGAAAAUCCUCAGUUUUAUUCACAAGUUUCCCGCCAUUUGUUCUGUAUCCUGAUUUCCUCCAAUCUCUGCAACUCACAAGAACCCUAGAGAUAGAGAUCAACAAUGGAAGAGGAGAUUAAAGCAGAAUUCAACAAAAGCGGGUUCACGCUAGACCAUGAAGAAGAGCAAAUUCUCAAGAAAUGUCUUACUUUCUGUAUAAAUUACAAUCUCAAGCCAGCAGAUCUUGUUUCCAGCUGGGAAGUUUAUUAUCUUAAUAGACAGCUAGAUGAAUCGACGGUACAAAAUGGUGAAAUGGAUGGGUUUUUAUUACAUCUACAGAAUGAACAGAAAGAAGCUAUUAUUAAAGAGGAACCUGAUUUGCACAUCUACUCUAGCAAAGAUGUGGACAUGAUUUUGAAUGACGAAGGAGAAGAUUUAAAAGAAGAAGUUCCUGGCACUCCAACAGAUGAAUCUCAAAAACUUAAUUCUGAACCAUUUGAUUCGAUAAUUAAAUCAACUGGAAAUGGUUAUUCUUCUGGAAAACGAUCAAAGCAUGUGACGCCCUUUGGACGACGAACUGAUAAGUUUGUGGUGAAAUUCAACAUCAAUAAUCUACCUGAUACCGAGAAUGGUGAUAAUGAGCAUGUUCGUGAAAAUAUGGAGGAUGAUAUUAUUAAGAGGGUGCAACCGCGAAAGAAGUGUUCUUUUGUGGUCCAUGGAUCUGGGCCAGAGCCAGGUUGCCGGUUCAUGUAUGACCGGAUUGAAGACAGGUUUAAUGCACUUGACAACCGCAUCAGAAAGCAUGCAGCUGCACUUGUUGCUUCUGGACUCUAUGAGGAACCAACGGACCCUACUGUUGCCUCACAGAGAAAUGUGUUUGCUGUCGGAAUGAUCUGUUGUGAUGGAGAAGGUCGUUUGAAUGAGAAGUCAGUCUUAUUGCAAAGCAGCAUUGAACAUUCUGGAGGGCAGCGCGUUCAUUUAGAUUUGCAUAACUUGAGCCAAUUCUCCAUUUUCCCUGGACAGAUUGUAGCUAUUGAAGGUCAUAAUCCUAGUGGGCACUGUUUAGUUGCAUCAAAACUGGUAGAUUCUAUUCCCUUAUCUGCUGCUCCUGAUGGGAAUUUGCCUCCAGCGAAGAAGCAAGCUCUGGAUCAGGAGAUCGAAUCAAUUGGUUCAUCCUGUACACAGGAGAUAUCAGUGCUUAUUGCUUCAGGCCCUUUUACCACCCUAGACAAUUUAAUGUUUGAGCCUCUGACAGAACUGCUGGCAUAUGCAAGCAGAAAGCUACCGCAAUUGCUUAUACUGCUGGGACCAUUUGUUGAUUCUGAACAUCCAGAGAUUAAGAAAGGAACUGUAGACGGGAGCUUUGAUGAAAUAUUUCGACAGGAGAUUCUCAGAAGGCUGCAAGACUAUGUUGAAUACAUGGGUUCUGAUGCACAAGUGUUAAUAGUGCCAUCCACACGGGAUGCCAACCAUGAUUUUGUUUUCCCACAGCCUGCUUUUGAUAUUCAUAGAUCUAAUCUUCAACAUCAGAUACGGAGUCUCACAAAUCCAGGCAUCUUUGAAGCAAAUCAGGUCAGAGUAGGUUGCUGCACAGUGGAUAUUAUAAAACAGCUUGGCAGUGAGGAGAUGUCACGAAAUCCAACAGAUGGAACUCCUAGUAAUCGAAUGAGCAGACUUGCAAAUCAUAUUCUUAGCCAGCGCAGCUUUUAUCCGUUAUAUCCACCAGCAGAAGAUGUUCCGUUGGAUUUUUCACUUGCUCCAGAAGCUCUUCAUAUUCCCUCAGUGCCUCACAUUCUAAUUGUACCUUCAGAUAUGAAGUAUUUUAUAAAGGUAUUGUCCCUUGGCGGAAGAAUUGAAGGGGAAGAGCAAACAAAGUGCGUUUGUAUAAACCCGGGAAGACUGGCCAAGGGAGAAGGGGGAGGCACCUUUGUAGAGCUUAACUACCGUGGGAGUCCUGACAAGAUGAAUGCUUCAGUCAUAGGCAUAUAACUCGUGGAUGGAAAAUAUUCAAGGCAUCUUAAUUUGGCAGCUGAUUCACAAUAUCAGAUCUGUCGUUCAACUUAUUUUGUGAGUCAAUGAGUUUACCAGACUCCAUGCAGUAUGUCACAGGCUUGGAAUUUUUUGGCCAGGAACCUGCUCAAGUGAGCCUCUUCUAGGGCAAGGAGUGAUUUUGGCUGAGCCGAGUAGUGCAGAGAUAUACAUAAGUUAAUUGCUUAGUUAGGAUAAAUCAGGAGGAUCUCAUCCUCCCAUUUCUUCAUCUUCUUUAUCACCUAUUCUAACUGAUCAUUAAUAAUUAAUUCUGUAAUUCAUACACUAUUAAUUUGCUGUUGAUGAGAUUAUCAUAUUCAUUUUCAUGUUUUUCUGGUGUAA